AUGUCGGCUCAACCGCCUCUAAACACGAAUGAAAUAACAGAUCCGUCUGAUUUCAAACAUACAUACAUUCCAACGUUGGCUAACUUAGACGUGUUGGAAAGAUGCUACAUAUGCAAAGAAUUUUUUCGAGCUCCAGUCAUCACUUCAUGUCAUCACACAUUCUGUUCGCAGUGUAUUCGAGAGUACUUGAUUACAAAUAACUUGUGUCCUUUGUGUAAAACGGAAGUUUAUGAAAGUACAUUGAAACGGGAUGUGUUAUUGGAAGAGAUUGUUGAGUGUUAUAAGAAAAUUAGGCCCCUACUAUUGCAGAACCUUGUUUCCUCAAACAAUGAACAAAAGAAGCGACUUCGAGAAGAGAGUACAGACAUAUCUGAUGAUGAUCCAGAAGUGGAAAUAAUCAGCUCAAAGAGGCUAAAGGAGUCCUCUGAAGAGUCUCAGGGGCAACCACCUCUGACCAAACAAAAGGAACCGGCACAAGAUUUAGUCGAGUGUCCUAUUUGCUCAAAGAAAAUGGAUGCUGAACGAUUACAAACUGUUCAUAUAGAUGCAUGUUUAAGUGGAAAAGAAGAGCCCCCAGUAGUUCGAAAUAGUGCUACAAAGUCUUCCAUAUCAUCAUUUUUUACGCAGGUAAAGUCUGCAUCACCCUCGCCGUCGCCAGCAUCAGCAGCAGUACUACCACCAAACUUGCUGCAGCUGUCGCCACAGCCACCGCCACCGCCACAAUCAAAUGAAGUCAAACCUACCCCGAAACGAUUACAAAAGUUGGAUUUCGCGUCUCUAAGUACUCCAAAGCUAAAAUCAAAGAUGGCAGCAUUAAAAUUACUGACUCUGGGGACAAGACAUCAAUUGGAGUUACGGUAUAAUAAAUAUUUCGUCUUGUACAAUUCCAACUGUGACAGUCAGUAUCCUGUACCUCAACAUGUCUUACGUCAACAACUCAAACAAUGGGAAGUUUCAAAUACAAGCUUUACAGCAAAUGGAGUGCUACGAAACACGGAAGACAUAUCUGACUCUAAUUUCUCGGCCACUGAGUGGUUGAAAAAAUAUGACACUGAAUAUAAGGAGCUAAUUAAACAAGCAAAGGGGGCUAUUGGUUAG